AACUGUUCAGCUCGAACACAUGUAAAACGCAACUCUAACCUUGGGAUGAAAAGUUGCUUCAAAAGUUCCGCAACGCGUUUGACAUGACAAUUGCAUUCUCCUAAGUAUUGUUCCGUAGGCACUUUCUGUCGGCUUCAAUUGCAGGUUUUGAUUGAAUCCUAGUGUCUGUUCCGUUCACCUUGACGACGCGCCCCGUCUCGCUUGGGAAGCGGACGGAAUCGAGGAUGAUGUAUCUAAUCAUCAAAGCUGACAGGCACCUUUUAGGAUUGGGUGGAAUCAUUUCGUGAUACCGAUCCAGUUGAAAUGUUAUAUCAUAUCCCUCGGCCCAGAUUGCUUCACCAGCUCAAGCUGCUCUCUUUCACCCACGACAAGGACAAGGCUUGCUGGCCCCCUCCUCUACUUUCGUUCUUCGUCUAAUGUCUUGCUAGACUCGACUUUGCGACACUCACUCGUGCUGUGUUCAGCCCAAACUUACUUGCUCUUCACAGACACCGCACUCUAAGCCAUGCUCUCAGUCAUCGCCCUGGUUGUCGUCGUCGCAUUUGGUCCGCGCUCUGCCUUUUCCCGGUUCAACUCGGUUUUGUUUUCUCCUGUCCAGCAGUGCGGCUCUUUCAAUAUUCUCUUUUCAGGAGGCAAGCCUCCUGCGUCCCUUCCUUUAACGUUGACCGUCGUUCCUUUCAAUUCCACUCCCAUUCUCAUCACCAUUCCUCGCUCCAGUUGGGACUCUGCCACUGCGACGGGAGCUGCGGUGACGUUCCUACCGUUUGCUGCGGAAACAGAAUUCGUCGCGUCGUUGGACGAUACUUAUGGGAAUCCCACGGGUGCUACGUCGGAUAUCAUGAGGGUUUCGCCGUCAAGCAACACCUCCUGUCUCCCUGAUGCAUCUACUACUCCACCUCCAAGAUAUACUGUAGCAGACCCAGCUGAUUUACAGGAAUGUCAGCCAUUCAAUGUGCUGUACGACCCGACAGUUGUGGAUGUUCCACCACUUGUUCGAGCGUUCAUUCCUAAGGGCAAUUCAACCUAUCUGAACCGCACUGAGACAUUCACAGCAGGAGAUACCGCAUAUAUCAUGGCCGUACCUGGGAAUUCACAAGUACUCCUAAUGUUCAGUGAUGACACCGGGUACAAGCAGAGCACUGAUUUGCUCGCGGUGGGUGCUUCGUCGAAUAUGACCACAUGUCGUCCUCUUCCCGACUACCAAGCGGGUGAUGUUGCGCCUCAGCAAUUGUCAUCGAAACAAGGUGGCCUCUCCAGGACUGCUAUCAUAGCGAUUGGUGUUGCCUCUGGCUCAGUCGUGGGAGGGAUCGCUUUGACAAUGGCGGUUUGGGUCUAUCUGCAACGGCGCAGGGCGGACAGCGACAAAGCCAGCAGUCUCGAAGAAGCUUCACACGAUCCGGAUACAUUCCACGGGGGAUUGAAGGGGAAGACAAACUUUCUUUCCCCAUCCUGGCCAGAUCCGGGUCCCACAGUCAUUGAGAAGAAGUCUAAUGUCAAGACACCUUCACAACCUAGGCUUGACGACGAUGUCACACAAUAUGUCAAAAAUCCGCCUUACGCAGAUAAGACACUUGGACUCAUUUCUCCGACAUCCCCACAAUAUCGUCGUGAUGUCGUCCCAUCUCCCGAUCCUGCAUUGGACUUGCCUAUCUCAUCUAUUCCUAUCCCCACUGUAACUCCCAUUCCGUUUGCAACACCCACACCGCCGGAUUUACGGCCCGCUCCUUCAAGUAUUCCUUCCGUUGUCAACUCACCUCCAGGCAGUAUCUCGCGACCAGAUUCGCUUUGCUCAGACGACAUUGAACAGAUAUUAGAGAUGGCAACGAUAUACAGUCCCGUGGAACAAAGUAGACGUUCCGUCGAACGCAUGGAAACCGUGACACUGGCUUCUACCGUACAUUCCACUGCUGCCAGCAGUAGAUAUGAGUCGCAUGUGCCAGAAAUGCCCAUGCCAUCGAGUCGACCGGAUGCAAGAGGUGCAGAUGUGCCGAGUGCGUCCCAAUGGGUUACGAGGCCGACGUCUGCUUCUGAAGAUGGAGUAGCAGGUCCUUCUUCUCUCCCGUCACCCGCGUCUUCAGGGCAAUGGGCGACUCAGAGAACGCUAACUCCUGAUUCCUAUGCAUUCCGGAGUCCACCGCAGGCACCCAUGCCUACGACGCCAUUGUCGGAGUUCAUGUCUCCGCCGACAUUCCCAAGGGGAAUGUCUGAUGACGUUAGUAGCCUAAGGCUGAGUGGGAGGCCAUUUGAGGGGAGACGCAAGGCUUCACGAGUCCUACCUCUCGAGAUACACUCGAGGCGAAACACGGAGGAUUCGGUCGUGUCCAUCCUUCCGAACAUGGACAAGGGACCUCGUAGAUGAUUACUGUAUACGAUCUGUAUACAGGGAAAUGUCAGGAUUCUUCAUAUCUGCUAAUCGCACACUGCUAGUUUUUCAAGUUCCCAUCGGUCAUUAUAUUGAGUUUCUGAGCUCCCCAUUUUACCUGUAUAGACUGUCCAUGCUUUCGCCUCCAUUUUGUUGUUUAAACUGAUGUUUCCAACCUUAAGCAGAACAUUCAGGUGCCUUUUUGCUCAGAUCUGUAUCAAUAGUUGUGUUAUAGUCGGCUGUACAGUAGUGUAGUCAUGUUGUGCAUGAGUCGACACACUGAUUAACAAUGCGUUAGAGAUACCAACCUCUCGAUCCUUCGAAUGCACUUCUGCUCGGCAUGCCUUC